AUGGCGACAGCAGCGCUCGCCGGAAGCACCGGCCUGGUAGGCUCCAACAUCCUCAGCCAACUUCUCGUACAUCCCUCCUUCUCCUCCGUAUACGCUUACGCACGCCGCGAGGUCCCCAACCCAACCGCCACAACUAAGCUGAACCCUCUCACAUCGACCGACACAUCGACAUGGACUGGCAUGUUCCCGCGCGAAUCGAACCCCAAGAUCUUCUUCUCAGGCCUCGGCACCACAAAGGCACAAGCAGGCAGCUUUGAAGCCCAGCGCAAGAUCGACUACGACCUCAAUCUUGACCUUGCCAAAACCGCCAAGGAAGCUGGUGUAGAGACAUACGUGCUCAUCAGCGCCGGAAACGCGAAUGCGCAGAGCAGCUUCGCAUACAUUAAGAUGAAGGGUCAACUCGAGGACGACGUAAAGGCGCUGGGGUUCAAGCAUACGGUUCUCGUGCACCCAGGACUGAUUUUGGGAGGAAGGGAAGACAGUCGGCCUGCUGAAUUUGCGAUUCAGAGUGUCGCAAAGCUGUUCAGGAGCGUGACACCGAAGCUGACAGACUUCUGGGCGCAGGAUGCAACGACUAUUGCUAAGGCGGCAGUUAAUGCGGGCGUGCAGUGUUUGGAGGGCAAGAAAGAGGAGGGUGUUUGGGUCCUGGGGCAGGCCGAGAUCAACGCCUUGGGUGAGGCAUAGAAACGUUGGUGAACGUCCUGCGAAAGCUACGCUCACAAUCGUGCCGGUAGCUGUAUGCAUACCAGAGCGCCUGUCCUUUGCUACGCGAUACUCUUCAAUAAAUUGUUUGUUCACCAUGGAACUAUGCCCAACGAUUGAACGUCCGGUCACCAGGUCUCUGGGAUCUGUAAAAGCGUGCUGUUGUGUACCG